UUGUAAAAGGAUGCACAACGGAACAAUUGGGUAUAUAGGUUCUUGAAGAAAAGAAAGUCUAAGAUUGGGGAACUAAAAGUCUGAGUGUUGAAAUUUUGUAUGCCUUAGAAAUUAACGUAUGGCGAAUUGUAUGACAAAUAGAUGAUGCUUGUUAGUAUGAAAAGACAGAAGAUUGAUAGUGCUGCAACUGAUUAUUUAUUGAACUAGUGAGAGUGUUUAACAUUGUUAUAUGAUUACUAAGAGACACUGAGAGUUAAAUUGCAAUACAAUAACCAACACUAUGGUUCAAUACAUUUUGAACCCUAAUAGCUGUAUUGUAUUUUGAUAUCGUACUAAACCUAACUAAAUGUUACAAUUUCCGAUACUCACACAGCAUGGCUAUAGAAAUGACAAGGGUGACCAGAAAUAGGACAUACUGACUAGCAAGAUGAACAUCGUUCUAAAGCCUGACUUGACAUUUAUCCGAGAAUAAUGAUUAUAUAAACUUAGACGAACCAGUUAGUAAGUCACUUUACGUUGCAAGACGACCAUCUUUAACCUUUGCCAAAAAAGAAUUCGACUUCAACAACGUUCAUCUACUCACGGCUAUUUUGAAAUUGACAUAUACAUAUACAGUCAUCUAAAGACAGUAAAAGCGCUUUCAGGUGUGUCACGUCGACUGCAACUCUUCAUUUGAUAGACUGGUAGUUUUGUAUAAGUCAAUUUGUCUCAGGAAAAUUAAGUCUUCCAUACCAUUUUCAGAACUUUUCAUUUUUUCCUUCUCCAUCGGCAACUGGGGAAAGCUUCUCAGAAAUUUGUACGAAAUGGCAAUUCUUUCAAACCUGUUUGCCACAGCAAAAUGUUCAUUGCUAAAUGCAUCAAGAAGAGCUGUUUUCUCCGGUCUUAAGACGCCAAGUUAUCAUUUUUUGACAAACCCUGUAUUUAAAGAUUUUGCCAGACAUUCAUGGUUCAGCACAAGUACAAUUAAGUGCAACGAAAACCAGGAAGCUAUUCAGAAUGAGAAGGAGUUGAAGGAAUACCUUGUUGGUGAGGAAAAUGGUGAAGAAUUACCAGGUGUGCCUGAAGAGGGAACGAAUUGGCAAACUUCCUUCGCUGGACUCUCAGAGAAACCAUUCAGCAAAGAGAUUAGUGAUGUUUUGUUAACCCCUCUUUCCCUCCAGGACAUUGAAAUUAAACCAGAUGGUAUCCUUUACCUUCCAGAGAUUAAAUACAGACGCAUAUUAAACAGAGCUUUUGGACCUGGAGGAUGGGGUCUGGCUCCCCGAGGUAAGACAACUGUUACCCCUAAAUCUGUUUCUCGAGAAUAUGCUCUUGUUUGUCACGGCCGUUUAGUGUCCGUUGCUCGUGGUGAGCAGGUUUAUUUCGAUCCAUCCAACAUUCCUACCGCUACAGAAGGUUGUAAAUCAAAUGCUUUAAUGAGAUGCUGCAAGGAUCUUGGUAUUGCAAGUGAACUGUGGGAUCCUCGUUUCAUCCAAGCGUUUAAGAAACAGCAUUGUAGCGAGGUUAUGGUAGAGAACAUUGCCACUCGUAAGAGACGCAAGCUUUGGCGUCGUAAAGAAGACCGUUUCUCAUAUCCUUAUAAAGAGAUGUAAGGCUGAAGGAUCGGACAGCAACAGCAAAUCGAGGCCUUGAUAACAUAUUAUAAGAACAUAAAAAAAAAAUAUUAUAGAAGCAUGAUCGUGUACAUUCCUCAUACAAUGCAGUUAGAUAUUUAAAUUGUUCGGGCGUGAAAAAUAUGGAUUCGUGAAGACAAUUCGGG